AUGGGCAGUACUGGAACUGAAGAAAACCCAAAGUCACCUUUCCCCGACCCAACGGUCUUUGUGACCGGACACAAUUCUGCAUGCAAGGCCAUUGUUCAAAGCUCGACCGUCGAAGAAGCCAAAGCAUAUCAGGGGAUGAGAGUUAGCCACAGCCUCAUCUAUACAACUUCCGAGUUCCCACCCGACCUCAAUGAGGACAAGGACAUCGAGCUGCACGAAAAGAUCAAGGCGUCGGGAAACCUCAAUAUUGUCAAUCCGGGCGGCACCGUCAUCCGCAUUGUUAAUUUCGCACCUUACAACAAGUCCAUGAUGCACCGCACGCAGAGUCUGGACUACGGCAUUGUACUUGAAGGAGAGAUGAUCAUGGAGUUGGAUGACGGAAGUAGGACGCUCAUGCACAAAGGGGAUGUUGCUGUUCAACGCGCGACGAUGCAUACGUGGAAGAACGCCAGUGAAACGGAGUGGGCAAGGAUGUUGUUUGUGCUACAAGACUGCCAGCCGGUUCUUGUUGGUGGGCAAAGAUUUAAAGAAGACCUGGGCCAUGUUGGAUAUAGUGUGUUUCCCAGCAGCGGCAACGACGCAUAG